UUUGGGGUUUAGACGCCAAAGCGCUUGAUGCCACGACAAAACUGGUGAUAAUCAAGAAAGAGGUUCUUCUAGAUGAAGAAGAUCCCAUUUGGGUGGAACUUCGUGAUGCUCACAUUGCAGAAGAUGGUUCACGCUUUUCCUCAGUACAGAAGAUGGUGAUCUUUCAUCAAAAGAUUUGCAGAAGAUGGUUCACGCUUUGCCUCAGUACAGUGAGCAAAUUGACAAGCUUUCUCUUCAUGUAGAGAUUGCUAGAACAAUUAAUAGAACUAUCAUGGAACAAGGUCUAAGAGAACUUGGGCAGCUCGAGCAGGACCUUGUAUUUGGGGAUGCUGGAAGAAAAGACGUUAUCAAAUUCUUGACCACCAACAAUGUUAUAAACCAAGAAAGCAAGCUGCGGUUAAUGAUGAUUGUUGCGGCGAUUUACCCCAAGAAGUUUGAAGGUGAAAAGGGACGAAAGAUGAUGGAGAAGAGAAGAUGUUAUAGUGGUGUGUUUAGAGCUGAAGAUUUGAAAUCUUACGGCGGCUCAUGGUGGAUAGAAGAUCGGGAAACUUGCUGGCGAUCGUUGUUGGUGAAGAAGUAG